AUUUCUAUGCUAGAUUUAUGCGUGGACGUUGACUUCACAUUGCCUAAAUCAAACGGGAGAGCGGUAUUGGCUGUCCGAUCGCUAUCGUCAGCCAGUAUAUACGCGGCCGUGACAACGUUGGCAUUCGAAAGGCGCAGAAAGAACUGCAGCGGUGGUCUGGUUAGUCGGAAGUCGGACCGCAGUCCACGUUGACGUCGCGUCGGUUGAUACUGCGUACUCUUGCGAAUCUCUCUUCGAGCGUCGUCGCGACUGCGGAGAACUUUGUGCGCCGGACAAUGAAAAACACAACGGAGGAUCAAGAAACCGACGUGUCCGCGCUGUGCAUCGAUGUGUCGAGGGUGAAAUCGUUGGCCGGAGAACCGCGGAAAUCCGAUUGUAACAAUGCACACACCGACCCCGGUGGAUGGACCCCGUUACUGGUACUGGGCGGUGCUACUUGCUGCCUGGGAUCGGCGUUACCAGCAGGAUAUAACAUAGGUGUCAUGAACAAUCCUGCUCAUCUUAUGCAAACGUUUUGCAAUGAUAGUGUCAGGGAAAGAUAUAACGUACAAUUGUCCAGCCAUGAGCUUCAGAUACUCUGGUCCACCAUAGUAUCGAUCUUUCUUAUCGGAGGUGUAUCUGGAUCUUUAAUCGCUAGCUGGCUCAGCGACAGAUUCGGACGGAAAGGCGCGUUGAGCGUUGGAAAUCUUUGCGGGAUUGCAGGAGCCGUUCUGUUCAUGCUCGUACGAACUAUGAACUCGAUUGAGCUUUUUCUGAUCGGCCGAGUGCUCGUCGGACUUUCCGGCGGCCUAGCCACUGCUUUGCUUCCGAUGUACAUGACAGAGAUAGCGCCUUUAAAAUUGAGAGGCGCCGUUGGAGUCUUGUGUCAACUGGGCAUCACCUGCGGCGUGAUGAUGGGCCAGAUCGCCGGGCUUAAAACCGUCCUCGGCACUCCCGAAUCCUGGCACAUAAUGUUAGCGUCCUUCUCACCACUAUGCCUUGUUGCAUUAUUAUUAAUUAUCACUUUACCAGAAAGUCCGAAGUAUUUGUACAUAACUAGAGGAGAACAGGGAAAGGCUCUUAAAGAGCUCAGUCGUUUACGCAACAUGGACAUAAUGCUUCUGCAAAACGAGAUUACUAUCUUGCAACAAGAACUGACAAUGAGAUCGGCAAGUGAGACGUGGAACAUAAAGCGCGUGUUGAGAGACCCGACCGUGAGAUUGCCUCUCUUCUUAGUAUGUCUCAUGCAAUUUGGUCAGCAACUCAGUGGCAUUAACGCGGUUUUCUACUACUCGAACACCAUAUUUCUCGGGGCUGGCCUGGGAAUUGCCGGUGCUCAAUAUGCGACCUUAGGCACAGGAGUCGCAAACAUUGGAAUGGCAAUUAUCUCCGUACCGAUAAUGUCGUUAUUCAGCAGAAGGAAAGUACUGUUCCUGAGUUGUUACUUAUGCGUGGGAUGUCUCAUUGUUCUAUGCAUCUCUAUCGCACUAAUCCACACAGCCUCGUUCAUGCCAUGGCUUUGCAUCGUCGCGGUGCUGGCGUACGUUAUAUUUUACGGUAUCGGUCUUGGUCCUAUACCAUUUUUCAUCGGCUCCGAGUUAUUUGACGUCGGUCCUAGGCCAGCCGCCAUGUCAUUAGGUAGCGUGUUCAAUUGGGGAGGGAACUUUCUCGUCGGGAUGAUGUUUCCCUCGUUACAAGCUGCGAUCGGUCCUUACGUCUUUCUGAUCUUCGCUGGGAGCACGCUGAUCUUAGUGCAGAUCAAUCGAAUCUACUUGCCCGAAACGCGAGGUCGAAGUACGACGGAUAUAGCAGCAGCCAUGACUGAAGGUUUCAAAUCAAGACCGAAUGCAAUACUCUGCGUAAAAACUUGAUAUUCGAUUAAGUACUUUUUAUACGGCUUUUUAACGUAAAUCCUCAAAUCAUUGCCAUACUCGUACGUGAAUAAUGAUUGCUUAUAUCAGAUCUAUGCGAUCGCGCAUCGAGCAAUUUGUAAGAAAGAACUUUUUCUGUUGCGAGUUUAAUUUAUUCGAGAGCGAGAUUCAGAUGCACGAAUCGAUUUUAUACUGACUAUUUGUACAUAUUCUAUCCCGUAAGUACCGAAUAAUGGUGUAGAAUGUUAUCUCUUCCAUAGGCGCGGCUAAAAUUUUUUACAUUUAUACAUCUCAAUGUCCGUAAUUCUAAAAUUUCUAUCCAUAAUCGAGCAUCACUGCCAAUACGUAAUAUCAAUUUAUUCCGAAUAGAUUUGCAAUAUUUAAUGUUCAACGUUCUUGAAAAAUCUUACAAAAUUUUCGCUGUGCAUAUACCUAGGGUAUAAGGGUAUAAAUACAUAUAAUUUAUACAAAUUUAGAACUAGCAUCAAUUGGUUCGUCUUCUAAAAUUGCUAUACAUUUGAUCUAGCUGCUCGUAAAACACUAGACACAAAACCGUAUGCGGCGCUAUCCUCAUCCACGUUGGGAACGUUCCUUUGUACAGGCCGGUCAGACCCUCAGUGCGGAAUAUCUUGAUGAGCGCGUCCCCGAGUCCUUUGUACAGGGUACCUUUUCCAGCCGCGUCCGUCUCUGCAUUUGCAUACGUUUUAAGACGCGUUUAGUGCAAGCCAACGAUUUUCAAAGAUAGCAAUAAACGCAUAAAAAUUUGCUUACUUUAUGAAUAUCUGCGACGCUAUUAUAAAAAGACUAGCCUUAAAAAACGAUACCGAAUCUUCGAUUUUCGAAUGUUUUCUCCAAUCGAACGUAUCACGUUACACUCGAGAAAUAUUGACGAGUCCUUUACGCGUAUUUAUAGUUAUGCGUAUUAGAAUUGUAUUUAUAGAUCGCAUAUAGACCGCAUUGUAUUUAUAGUCGCGCCAAGUCAAUGUAUUAUCGCGAGAUGCGAGUCGAGCGAGCGUGCGACAGGAAGUGAUAUUUUAUCGGAUAACGAGAUAGAUUUUACAUUUCUCCGAAUUCUACAAAUUCGCUAUUUGAUGCUUAUACAAAAUUCAAUUUUAUGCAAACUCGUUCAUUGUAAAUUAAAGCGACACAAUUGUGGCCUUCAAUAAAUCGCGUGUAAGACUUUG